UGCGUGUCUGCGUGUGUGCGUGGGCGCGGCCGACAGCACGCAGUGCGCGGGGCGAAUGUCCUGGUCCGCUGGGCCGAAACGGCAGACGAGAUGGCGGAAGGCACGGGAUGCGGUGUGCGACCGGAUGUGGAGACCCAGAAGACCGAGCUCGGAGCCUUGAUGGGGACCACGCUCCAGCGGGGGGCGCAGUGGUAUCUUAUUGACAGCCGGUGGUUCAAGCAGUGGAAGAAGUAUGUGGGCUUUGAUAGCUGGGAUAUGUACAAUGUGGGUGAACAUAACCUGUUUCCUGGCCCUAUAGAUAACUCCGGACUCUUUUCAGAUCCCAAGAGUCAGACUUUGAAAGAGCACUUAAUUGAUGAACUAGACUAUGUGUUGGUCCCAACCGAGGCCUGGAAUAAAUUACUGAAUUGGUAUGGCUGUGUGGAAGGCCAACAGCCCAUUAUCAGAAAAGUUGUGGAGCAUGGCCUGUUUGUCAAGCACUGCAAAGUGGAGGUGUAUUUACUGGAACUGAAGCUCUGUGAAAAUAGUGAUCCUACCAAUGUCCUGAGUUGUCACUUCAGCAAGGCAGACACCAUUGCAACCAUCGAGAAGGAGAUGAGGAAACUAUUCAACAUCCCUGCAGAGCGUGAAACACGGCUUUGGAACAAAUACAUGAGCAACACCUACGAGCAGUUGAGCAAGCUAGACAAUACUAUCCAGGAUGCUGGGCUGUACCAGGGUCAGGUGCUAGUAAUUGAGCCCCAAAAUGAAGAUGGCACGUGGCCGAGGCAGAUUCAACAGUCGAAAUCAAGCACUGUGCCUAGCAGAAAUUUUACUACCUCUCCAAAACCAUCAGCAAGUCCCUAUUCCUCAGUAUCUGCCUCUCUCAUUGCAAAUGGUGAUAGCACUAACACCUCUGGGAUGCACAGUUCCGGUGUUAGCAGGGGGUGUCAGGAGCCCCCAUUGCCUCAUAUACAGCCUGGCCUCUGUGGACUUGGAAACCUGGGGAAUACCUGUUUCAUGAACUCUGCUUUGCAGUGCCUGAGCAACACUGCUCCGCUGACUGAGUACUUUCUCAAAGAUGAGUAUGAGGCAGAAAUCAACAGAGACAACCCUCUGGGUAUGAAAGGGGAGAUUGCAGAGGCCUAUGCAGAGCUCAUUAAACAGAUGUGGUCUGGAAGAGACACUCAUGUGGCACCUCGAAUAUUCAAAACCCAAGUGGGGCGUUUUGCCCCUCAGUUUUCUGGCUACCAGCAACAAGACUCUCAGGAGCUGUUAGCCUUUAUUCUAGAUGGAUUACAUGAAGACCUGAACCGGGUAAAGAAGAAGCCCUACUUGGAGCCAAAGGAUGCCAAUGGGCGGCCAGAUGCGGUAGUAGCGAAGGAAGCUUGGGAAAAUCACAAGCUGAGGAAUGAUUCUGUGAUUGUGGACACUUUCCAUGGCCUCUUCAAGUCUACUCUGGUUUGCCCAGAAUGUGCUAAAGUUUCAGUGACCUUUGACCCAUUUUGCUAUCUAACGCUCCCACUGCCUUUGAAGAAGGAUCGAGUUAUGGAUGUCUUCCUGGUUCCUGCCAACCCUCACUACAGACCUACUCAGUACCGCGUGACUGUGCCGUUGAUGGGGGCCAUUUCUGACCUGUGUGAGGCGCUCUCCAAGCUGUCUGGCAUUGCUGUAGAAAACAUGGUGGUCACUGAUGUGUAUAAUCACCGGUUCCACAAAAUUUUCCAAAUGGAUGAAGGUUUAAGUCACAUCAUGCCUCGGGAUGACAUUUUUGUGUAUGAGGUGUGCAGCACUUCAGUGGACGGCUCAGAAUGCAUCACUCUUCCAGUCUACUUCAGAGAGAGAAAGUCCUGGCCAUCAAGUACUUCUUCUGGGGCAGUGCUGUAUGGACAGCCACUUCUAAUUUCUGUCCCCAAGCACAAGCUAACCCUUGAAUCUUUGUACCAGGCCGUUUGUGAUCGUAUCAGCCGCUAUAUAAAACAGCCUUUGCCAGACGAGUUUCUCAGCUCGCCCUUGGAGCCUGGGGCCUGCAAUGGCUCCAGGGGCAGCUAUGAAGGUUAUUUUUCAUAUGUACCAGGAGAUGAAGAAGAAGAAAUGGAGCAUCAGGAGGAAGGCAAAGAGCAGUUUUCAGAAGCAGAAGGCAAUGGUGAAGAAGAGCCGGGGGAUGACCCUAGAGAGACCACCCAAAAGAAGGGGAAAGACCAGCCCCGCCACAAAAGACUGUUUACCUUCAGUCUUGUGAACUCCUAUGGAACUGCUGAUAUAAAUUCACUUGCAGCUGAUGGAAAACUACUCAAGCUCAACUCUCGAUCCACAUUGGCCAUUGACUGGGACAGUGAGACCCGAAGCCUUUACUAUGAUGAGCAGGAAUCUGAGGCCUGCGAGAAGCAUGUGAGCAUGUCUCAGCCUCAGAAGAAGAAGAAGAUGGCAGUGGCCCUGAGAGAGUGCAUCGAGCUCUUUACCACCAUGGAGACCCUUGGGGAGCAUGACCCCUGGUACUGUCCCAACUGUAAGAAACACCAACAGGCAACAAAGAAGUUUGACCUGUGGUCUUUGCCCAAGAUCCUGGUAGUCCACCUCAAACGUUUCUCCUACAACAGAUACUGGAGGGAUAAACUUGACACAGUUGUAGAAUUCCCAGUCAGAGCUCUGAACAUGUCCGAGUUUGUCUGUGACCGGUCAGCAAGGCCUUACGUUUAUGACUUAAUUGCUGUGUCCAAUCACUAUGGCGCCAUGGGGGUUGGCCACUACACUGCAUAUGCGAAGAACAAACUGAACAGGAAAUGGUACUACUUUGAUGAUAGCAAUGUAUCCCUGGCCUCCGAGGAUCAGAUAGUGACAAAAGCAGCUUACGUGUUGUUCUAUCAACGUCGGGAUGAUGAGUGUUCCAGUGCACCUUCACUCAGCAGUUUCCCGGGUUCUUCUGAUGGAGGUGUGAGGCUGAGCAGCUCCCAGCAGGGUUUAGGAGAUGAUGAGGCUUGCAGCAUGGACACCAACUGAUGUUGACUGGUGACCCUGCCAUCCACAGCAGCACUGUCAUUCCCUAGAAGAAUGUGUUUGGCACUCUUGAAGACUGUUCAUGCUCAAUCUCAAAACCAGAUGAGGAAAUUACCUUCUUUUAUGAGAAGAGAAAAAAAGACCGUUUUCGCAGAAGGAUUAUGUUAAGAGCUGAAUUACUUUUCCUUUAAACAGGUGGUAAAACAAACCUGUGGAGCUGAAACGACAGGUGGGGUGUGGUGUGGUGCCCAGCAGAGUAUGUCUUAUGGAUUCCAAAGAAUGGGGAGGAACACCAGAUGAUUAUGGUGUAGCCAUGAAGACCCACCUGUAGGUCUGCUCUGAACUCCUGGGUUUGGAGUUCUGGUGCCCAUACUGGUCACCCCAGCAGUCUGGCUACAGUAAACCAAGCCUGGAGUAAACUUGAUGUCCCCUAUUCUUUGCUGUUCACUGAGAUGGCUUCUUAUAGUUUUCUAGAAAUUAAGACACUGAAGCCCAUUUGUUUGUCUUCUCUGUUCACUUGGAAUUUCCAGCCUUCCUUCCCAUUAUGAAAUGAACUGACUGUGUUGUGAUUGAGUGUGCCUCAACCUCCCAUGGAACCUAUAAUUUUUUUAUGUCCCCCUCUGUCCUUGAUAAACAGAGACCUAAUCUA